AUGGUGAAGCUUGAAAAUUACACUGGUCUCACUAAGAAGCAAGAGGACUUAUUGAAGAAAGGCUACUGCCAUGGCAGUCUUGCACUCCUGAAUUUCAAUCUUGCCCAAACUGACUUCACCUGGCACACCCGUGCUUCAUACAGCAAAAACGGGACAAAGGAGCCAAUAAUUUCUUCAUGGAUUCAGUUCAAGCAAGGUCUGGCUUCUUGGAAAGCUAAAAAACGCACAGACGGACUUUCUCACUUCGUUUUUGACUGGACCCCUAAGGACUAUGUUGCGAAUCUUAAAUUGAAGACUGAGUGCAAGACUCAGAAGGUAGGCUCAACUCCUCAAACUGAGCCAAGCUUCGCUGUUGAGUACACUCAUCCAAAAGCUAUUGGAAAACUCGUCUUUUUGGGAGCUCCAUUGGUUGUUAAAGGAAGCUUGACAUUGGGAACUCCUGCUUAUGGGCUGGGACUUGAUGGGAAAUUCUCGACCCAAUCACAGAAGUUGACUGCUUAUAACCUUGCUGCCUGGUGGUUCAGAAAGCACUCAAGGUUGGUUGUAAAGCAUGUAGGAACUAACACUGAAGAAAUCGCUUUGGGCAAUUUGGAGCUAUCUUAUUAUCAUAAAUUGAGCCCUAAGGUACACGUGGCUACCAAGGUUACCAAUGAACUCAAAGGAAAAGCAACCAACUUCGAAAUUGGAGGUGACUACAAACUUGAUGACAAAACCUUAGUGAAGGCAAAAGCUGGAACUUGCGGAAGCUUUGCUCUUGGAUUGGCAAGACAGCUCAGUGACAACUUAAAGCUCACCCUUUCCACAGGCCUAGAUUCUAAAGCAAUCACUGCCUGCGACUUGCAUGACUUCAAGUUUGGAUUUAGAUUCGAUUAUUCUCAAUAA